AUGAUCUUGACAUAGUAAAAGUUUGAUAUAGAUUAGCAAGACAACUCAUUGACAUCCAUCGGAGAAACUUUUAGGUAAUACUAAAAAACUCACUAUGAAUACUAAUAGCGCAACGAGACCAACGACUGCCAACAUUAAACUUAGCAGGCUAGAUUCUGCCUAUAACUAUGCUACUAACCAGCCAACGAAAAAGAGUUUAAGGAAUUAUAGGUUGACCUGGUUAAAAGAUAGCUAAUAGAAGAAAGAUACCAACCUAAGAGAUAUUGUAAUUAAGAAAUCAAGCCACCUACACCAACAAUUGAUCCGAGUAAAGUAUUUAUUACUCAAGGUCAGAAGAUAAAUUAAAACAACUAUAAUAGUAAGAGCACAGUUACUUUGUUAACUUCAAGAAAAUAGAGAUAGUAAUCACCUCACAAUUCAUAGAGCAAUGAUCUUAAAACUGAUUAGUAACCACUUCAUCUGAUUGCCUUAAGAAAGAAUAGAGACAAUCUCAUAAAUAUUUUAACUUCAGAAGAGUAAAAAGAACUAAGACUGAAAAUCACUCCAGAGUAGAUUAACAAGCUACAAAAGGAAACAUUCAAUUAAGUAAAAUAAGCUUACCUUGAUGACCAAUAAUAAAAGAGGCAGAUUCAAUACAAAAAGGUGAUUAUGUCUAGAAAGUCUUGUGAUUAAGUUGCUUUUGACAUGAGAUUUCUGCCUAAAAAACAGAGAGCCAAACUCUAGUAAAGACUUCGAUGGUAUGUUGUAAAUAAUGUAAAUAUGAAUAUUGAGAUUGACAAGGGAAAUAAAGUUGAGUAUAAAUUUGAUCAGGAAAUCGAUCAGUAUUUCAAAGACAAUUUCGGAUAUAAAUGA